AUGCGUAAGCCAGGAAGUAAUGUACUGCCCUUGGCAGAGAAGGGUCCUGUCAAGCGAACUGCAGUUUGUGAUGGAAAAUUUAUGUUGACUGAUUCCUCUGGGUUUUUUCACUCUAUGAAUUAUCCAAAACCAUACAAUGCAAAUAUUGUUUGCCAAUGGAUUAUAUUAGUGCCUCAAGGGUUAUCCAUUAAACUGAACUUCACUUCUUUUGAUACACAACAAUAUACGGACAUUUUAAAUAUUUUUGAAGGUAUAGGACAAAACAAGAUUUUAAGAGCUUCUCUGUCAGGGACUAAUCCUGAGACAAUUUACAUUUUUUCUCAUGAGGCUACAGCACAGUUUAUAUCGGAUUAUUCUGAAAAUUACAAUGGCUUUAAUGCAACAUACACUACAUUUAAUGCAAAUGGACUAAGCAAUUAUGAGAAAGUCAAUUGCACUUUUGAAGACGGCUUUUGUUACUGGUUACAAGAUUUAGAUGAUGAUUCAGACUGGGAGAGAGUUCAGGGCCCUACCUUUCCCUUUAUGACUGGUCCUGAUUUUGAUCAUACAUUUGGCAACAUGUCAGGAUUUUAUAUUUCAACACCCAUAGGACCUGGAUUUGGAGAAGAGAGAGUCCGGAUUCUGAGUUUGCCUUUGGUCUCUUCGGAUUCAUCUUGUCUAAGCUUUUGGUAUUUCAUGUACGGUACUAAUGUUUACCGUUUAAGAGUUAGCAUAAGUAAUGAGCAUGGUUUGGAAAAGAUCAUUUUCCAGAAAGAAGGAAACUAUGGGAACAACUGGAAUUACGGACAAGUAACUUUAAAUGAAACGUCUGAUUUUAAGGUUAUUUUUGAUGCCUUUAAAAAGCGUGGUCCCAGUGAUAUUGCCUUGGAUGACAUUGGUUUGACAAAGGGAAAGUGUAAUCAAAGUAUUUAUGUAGACCCAACUGUGAUUCCAGCUGUUACUACUGUCCCUUCAGUUCCUACUGACUGUGGAGGACCAGUUGAACUCUGGGAGCCAAACAGUACAUUCAGCUCUGAAAACUUUCCAAACAAUUACCCUAAUCAAGCUUUUUGUGUGUGGCACUUAAAUGCUGAAAAGGGAAAAAACAUUCAACUUCAUUUUCAGGUUUUUGAUCUGGAAAAUAUUCAUGAUGUAGUUGAAGUCAGAGAUGGCAGAGGACCAAAUUCCUUACUUUUGGCUGUCUAUACAGGACAAGACCUACUGCCAGAUGUCUUCUCUACAACAAACCAGAUGACAGUAAUCCUCCUUACGGACAAGUCUGCAACAAAGAAGGGAUUUCUUGCAAACUUCACUACUGGCUACCAUCUAGGACCUUGUGCGAUUGACGAGCAUCAGUGUGGUAGCGGGGAUUGUAUACCAUUGCAUAACCUUUGUGACAACCUACCUCAGUGUGAAGAUGGCUCUGAUGAAGCAAAGUGCGUGAGAUUGCUUAAUGGUUCUCUAAGCACUGAAGGGCUGGUGCAGGCCAGGAUUGGGCAGAUGUGGCACCCGGCAUGUGCAGAUGAUUGGAAUGAACAGAUUUCAGACAGUGUUUGCCAGCUGCUGGGGUUAGGGUGA